CACUUCUUUUGACAAUGACAAGAACAGAACUACAAAACUGUCAUCAGUGUCAUCAACUUUUUCUUUUUGAUUUGUGCACUCGUGAUUGUAGGUUGUCUUGUAAAAUAUGGCUCCGACAAAAGCUGCGGUUCCAGCAACCAAACCCCAGGGCAAGAAACCCCAAAUUAGAGGAAAGGGUCUUAAAAAGAAGAAGGUCGCACUAAAAUUUGUUAUUGAUUGUACCCACCCUAGCGAAGAUAGUAUUCUGGAUGUUGCUAACUUUGAAAGUUAUUUAAAAGAAAGGAUAAAGAUAAAUGGAAAGACAGGAAACUUUGCAGCUGGAAAAGGUGGUCAACAUGCAGUAACUGUGAACAGAGAAAAGAAUGUAAAAGUUGUUCUUAACUCAGAAAUUCCAUUCUCAAAAAGGUACCUUAAAUACCUUACAAAAAAAUACUUGAAGAAAAACAACCUCAGAGAUUGGUUGAGGGUAGUUGCUUCUGGAAAAGAAUCUUAUGAACUCAGGUACUUCCAGAUCAACAACCAGGAAGAUGAUGAUGAAGAAGACAAUGAAUAAGUUCAUUGUAAUUUAUUAUUUUUAAAUAAAUAACAUAAAAUUAUA